AGUUGUGGUUCAUACUGCGUCCGCGUUGUGUCGCUCGCGAUUUACUUAGUGAUCUCUCUUUACACUUAAAUUUGUGAUCGUGCGUUAUACUGACUGAAAACAAUGUCAAUACUUUAAUGUUUUGUUCCUAGUUAUCUAUUGUUACUAUUUUUUUUUAGUUUUGUACGAUACAGUGGUUGCGUGCAAUCAUGCACCUAAUAUCGACUUUCGCGUUUGCUUUUUUGCAAGCGUUCCAUUUUAUAAAUGCUGAAGAUUUUGGCUACGACGGAGUCAGAGGGCCAACAUACUGGGGUGAGCGGUACCAGGAGUGCAGAGGUAAACAUCAAAGUCCCAUAGACAUAAACAUACUACGGGUCAAACAAGUAGCUUUGCCUGACAUCUCAUUCGUGGGUUUUGAUGACUCUAUCGACGAUGUGCACGUUACCAACAAUGGACACACAGUUCUGAUCGAGGUAGACAACGAACCGCACCCACGUGUCAGCGGAGGACCACUCGACGGAGACUAUAUCUUCAGUCAAAUGCACUUCCAUUGGGGCGAUAAUGACACUUUUGGGUCCGAAGACAAGAUCAAUCAUAGGAGUUUUCCGAUGGAGCUCCAUAUGGUUUUCUUCAAAGAGGAAUAUAAGACUGCUCAGGAAGCCGUCAAACAUUCCGAUGGUCUCACAGUACUCGCCUUCUUUUAUGAGUUGGACCGACACAAACAUCCAGCUUACGACGACAUAACAGCAGCAUUGGCAAACGUUACGGAGCCUCACACAACUGUAGUAAUGAGUCACCCCUUCUCGAUCCUCAACAUCUUACCAUACGACUUAAAUAGAUAUUUCACAUACAGAGGAUCACUAACGACGCCUCCAUGUUCUGAAGUCGUGAUAUGGCUAGACUUCGAACAGCCUGUAAGACUAGCUCAUGAUCAGAUAGAAGCAUUCAGAGAGCUACGAUCUGCGACAGGCAAAAUCCGACACAAUUUUAGACCAAUACAACCCAUCGGCGACAGGGUGGUAUUUUACAACGUAGAUAAUAAAUAUUUCAAUUACAAUGAAGUGGACAAUCCGGAUGAAGAUAAUACACAGAGAAGGAAAAGGGGACAUAACCGUAGCAAUGUUACAUUAGCUAAGGACAGUCCGCGUACAGCGCUGAACGCAGUGUAACAACGCUGAACGUGGCAGAACAUCGCUGAAUGCGGCAAAAUAGCGCUGAAUGCGGUGGAACAGUGCUGAACUCUGGCGUUAGCGUACGUAUAAUAGAAACACUUGCCGCGAAAGCUGAAUAGACGGGAAAGCUGAAAGGAUGCGUAUUGCGUACGCAUCUUCAUACAAAACUGGUGUUUUCAAUGGGCAAAAGCUGAAUUGAGCUGAAUAAGUGUAGUUAGUCCAAUAGGCGCAAUAAAUAUUUUAUAUAAAUAAAAAAGCGAAAGGAGACAAUGUCUUGUUUUGAGAAUGGGCCCACCACCGUAACCAGGCGUAACUUAAUGAAACACAGCAUGUCGAUUUAUUCCUUAUAACCAAUAGAUUACAAUAGUAAUAUUAAUUUUACCGUAUCUAACGGGAAUGCUGAGAAAUUAACAAUUAAAAUAUGUCUAGUAGCUUUCAUCGGUAUUAUAAGUUAAAACAGUGCACUGGUCAAUAAUUAAUAGCUAUGAUUAAUAGUAUAAAAGAAAGUUGUAGGUACACUCAGCAUUAAUAGGUACUUUAUGGUUGAUGGAAUUUUUUUUAGUAGUUUGUUCUUCUUUAUACGCAUUUAUUUUUUCCUAUUACAUUAGCCAAUUCACGAAUAUCGAAAGAACUUUUUUUUUUCAGAUUUUAUGAUUCCGGUUACAUUUUCAUAAAAUCUUUAGGCCGUUUACUGUAAUAAAUUGGUAUCUUUUUUAUGUGUGAUAAAAUUAAGUUACGUUAAAGUUUCUAGUGGACCCAAAAACGAUUGUCUCCUUUUACUAUCUUACGUCGAAGAAAUAAAGAUAUUUCAUUUCAUUUCAUUCUAGAGCACUAUCAAAUACGCGCUUGGUUUAUCUGCAUCGCGUAUGAUGUAAAGAGAAGAGAUUUAGAAUGCAACAUAUUAUAUGCAUUAUAUUUCAUUAUGAAUGAUCUUUAAAUUGCAAAUAGGUAAUUGUAAUAAAAACGAGUUUUAAAACAUU